UCCCUGAAAAAAGAUUAUCAUCUCUGAUUACGUCAUUGAUUACGAAAAUAUUUAUUCUACGUUGUCUUGGUAACCAGUUAACAUAACAAUGAAUGAUAGUAUACUACGCGCACAGCUAUGUAUGUUUCUAACAACCGGAUACUCCUUUGAUACUGUGGAGUUGUUUUUAAUACAAUUAAAAUGUCGAUUGUAACGUGUAAUCAAUUACUGCAAAAUGCAAACUGAAGUGCCCACAUUGCCUGUAGUGCACCUGAAUGUUCAUGAAAAUGUGGAUAGAAAGCAAAAUAGCAUCACAAAUAACAUAGAAGAAAAUAAAAGCUAUUCACUAUGUAGAAGUACAUGUCCAUCAUCAAACAAAAAAUGUUUGCAUCCUUUGCUUGGAGAAUCAUAUAAAACCAGCAUGCGAGUCUGUUCUACUACAAUAUCAGCAAAACCUGCAAAUAAAAAUACUCUUGCUCAAAGAGUUGUAUCUGCAAAAAUGCUUCGUAUUAAACAAUUGCAAAACCAACUUGCUGAUGCACAUUAUCAUCUAAAUGAAUUGGCUAAUGAAAACAGGUUGUUGAGAGCAUUGCAGAAAAGACAAGAUUCUGCAUUAAGGCGUUAUGAGGGAACUACUGCUGAACUACCAAAAAUUAUUAAUUCUCAUCAUGAAGAAUUAAGAAUACUCCAAAUUAAACAUAAGAAGUUAAAAGCCUUACAUAAGAAUACCUCUGAUUUAUUGAAAGAAAAAGAAAAUGAGUUGUAUUCCUUGCAGACUCAAAAUAAGCAUUUGCUGCAACUCAGUAAAGAUCGAAAUUUAGUAGAAAGAGAAAAAUUACAAAUGCAAGUUUCUGAAUUAAACAACGAAAUAACGCGGCAACAAGGAAAUAUACAGUUGUUAGAAAGAAAAUUAGCCUUGGAAAGUAAAAGUUUGAAACAUCAACUAUUUGUAGAGAUAUCUAAACACAAACAAACACAGAAGAACUUACAAGAAGCACUUGAAAAGGUGAAAGAAUUAGAACAUUUAAUAGGUAAUAAAACAAGAAAACAAUUACUAAUUGAUAAGAAAAAUGCGAUUUUUGUAACUCAAUCACUUACAAAUUUGAGGAAUGUAAGUACUGCCAUAAGUACGACCAACAAAUAUAAAAAAUACAAUAAUGGACAAAAUGAUAACUUGCCCACACUUAUUACAUCUCAAUUAAAUAAUGAUAUGAUCAAUAACACUAUUAGCAAUACAAAUGCAAGUCAACAAACAGAUUUGUCUUGUCCAGGAACAAUGGCAAGUUCAAGAGAAACUCAUAAAUUAUAUUUUCAAAAAAUGUCACAAGGUAUGCUAUCUUCAUUAUUUGAUAAUCUAACACCAAAGUUUAAAGAUUCAAAAUCAAAAUUAAAUAAAAAUAUACAAAUUGAAUCACACAAUGAAAAUGAUAUAGCAAAUCAGAUGGAAUCUGGGGAUAAGUGCACAACAGAUGAAAAUUUAUAUGAAGUAUCUAAAGAAAAGCAUGAACAAUUUGACAAUUUUUCUGAUUAUUCUAAUAGUGAACAUGAGAACGAUGAAUAUAAAAAUAGAAAUUAUCAUUUGAUGAGCAUAGUAAAAAAUUCUCAGGAUUUACACACACGGAUGAUCAAUAGUACAGAUCAUGAUCUCACUUCUUACAUAACAGAUUCUAAAGAGAAUGAACCCAAUGCACAAUUUUUUUCUAAACAAAUAUUAUGUAAUGAAAAUUUUCAAAAGCAGGCUAAAAUUGUAAAUCCGCAAGAUUGUGAUUAUCAAUAUAAAUUUAAAAUAGAUCAAGAAGAACUUACUGAAGAUGGCUUCUCUGUUAAAUUCAAAAAUGAUAAAUUUGAUAAAACAUAUUCUGAUUCUUGUUCAGAAGAUUUUAGUACUAAUGACAUGACAAAUGACAUGGAUUUAAAAAUUUCGAGAAGUAAACAAAGAACUGAUAAUUCGGAAGUUGAUUUGCCACAAAAUGAAAGUAUUUAUGAGUAUCAAAGUGAUUCACAUAAAAAUGAAGAAAAUCCUUCCAUGCAAAAUAUAGUGGAUGAUCUUCAAUAUAAUCUAAGUCAUAUGCAUGUUCAGGAUGAAAAAAAUCAUUUGAUUAAUGAUCAUGAAAACUUAAUUGAUUUAAAAUUGGACACCCAGCAUACUUAUGAUGAAAAUGAAACAACUUCCAUGUCUUUGCUAAAAGAUGAAUCUCAAGGUAUAAAAAAAUAUUCAACAGUUAAUUUCGAGCUUGAUCAAGAAAUAAAACAUUCAGAAAUUGAUAAAGAUUAUCCAUUAAUAUAUGACAAUAUUAGUUAUUCUAUUGAUAAGGUAAAAGAUGAACUACAACAAAAUAAUUAUGAUGAUCAACAUACAUCAACAAAUUCUAUAAUGGAGAGUCAAAGAACAAUAUCUAAUGGAAUCAAAAUGGAGUUUACUCAAGAACAAAAUAAUGAUGUUAAUACUGCAUUACAAAUGGAUAAGAAAAAGAAGUCAUUAACUAAUAAUCAUACAGCUAAUAAUUCUGAGAUAAGUGCAAAGGAUUUAAAGAAGCAAGAAAAAUUUCUGUCAACUGGAUGCUCCAAAAUAAAUAAAAUUUUCGGUGGUGGCAUUCCUUGCCAAGGUAUUACACAAAUUUAUGGUGCAGCUGGCACUGGAAAAACCCAAUUAGCUCUUCAACUGUGUCUUACUGUACAAUUACCUUUAAAUGCAGGUGGUCUUGCUGCUGGUGCAAUAUAUAUUUCUACUGAAGCUGCUUUUCCAGCAAAACGAUUACACGAAUUAGUUCAGAAUUUAGAUGUCAUUCAGGACUAUGAUAACAUAAAUGGUGAUAUCAUAUUUGUGGAACACAUUGCAACUAUUGAAGACUUAGAGUCAUCUUUGCUUCAUAGAGUGCCAAUAUUAUUAAAUAGACAAAAAAUACGUCUACUAAUUAUUGAUUCUAUAGCUGCACCAUAUAGAGUGGAAGAAUGGAAUAAUGAAUCAAGAAACAGAUCUAAAAGUCUAAGAACUGUGGGACAACAGCUACAUAAAUUAUGUAAAAAUAAUGGUAUUUUUAUAGUUUGUAUCAAUCAGGUAUCAGCAGUUUUAGAAAAUAAGAACAAGUAUUGUGACAUUAAAGAACAACCCGCUUUAGGAAUUACAUGGUCAAGCAUGAUAACUAAUUCUAUAUAUUUUUAUAGAAAAAACUCUAUUCGUUAUGCUUCUACUUUUUUGUCACCUUAUUUGCCAUGUAGAACCAUACCAUUUGAGAUAAAUAUGUCUGGAGUUAAAGGAAUAGAAUAAUGUAUAUAAUAGUGGAAUCUUAACAUAUGAUGUAAAAUUUCAGAUAUUUUUUAUUGUGCAAGUUUAUGAAUUUCAGAAAAUAUAUUUUCAUCUAAUGUUCUAAUAAUA